AUGCAAGCCUCAUACUCAGGAGAGUGUCUCUGCGGCGCCGUCCAGUUCGCGAUAUCGUCAGAGCCAAUCGCAGUUUUGUCAUGCUUCUGUAAGCAUUGUAGCAAAGGUGCUGGUGGGUUUCAGCAAUUGAUUGGAAAGUUUGCCACCGGAAAUAUUCAAGUUUCCACAGCAAACAAUGAGUCCAUCUCGAGAUACAGGCUCCACGACACAUCAAGCGGAGAUUGUAAAGAAAAGGCUUUCUGUCGCACAUGUGGAUGCACUUUAUGGACUGUUCCAGCAGCUGCGCAGGGUAAAUUCUAUCUCAUCCGACUUCCACUGUUGGAAGGGGGGUAUGUCUUCUCCUCCCAGAUUGUAAGAAGUGAAACUGAUUUGACGUUCAGCCUGAGUUUACGCCCCAACAUGGAGAUAUUCGUUAGGAAUCGGCCAACUUGGAUUGGGCCUAGCAAAGAUGCCGAGCAAUGGGAAGAAGCACGGAAGUGA